AUGUCGAAACACGACUUGGACAAUCCUGAACUCUAUGUUGAACUCCUUCAUCACUCUUCUCGCGAUGAUCCUCGCCAUCCAAUUGACGUAGACAAGACCGAAAGUUGCCCUGAACCACUCCAGUUGGCGCUGGAGAUGGACGAGGGUCUACAAAAGAGUGUCAGAACCCUCAUCGGCGCCCUAGCGAACGUGAUAGCGAAAUACCACCGGAAUCCUCCAGCUGUGGCAGCUCGCUUAACCCAACAAGAUCAGAAACAGGGGCUCCGUGUUCACAUCUACUUCACAUUCAACGAUACAACUUGGGAUGAAUACAUCUUUUCGAAUACCAGCGCACAUCUCUCCUAUCUUCUCGAUGAACUACGUUCUGCGGCGCAGCCCGUAAUCCAAGAGUCCCCACCUCCUUAUAAAAUAGACUAUCGCCUCCUACAAACCCUUUCCUGGCGCGUUCACCAAUUCUGCUUGGGUACAUUCAUUCAUCGCGUUCAGAAAGGCCAGAAUAAAUUUUACCUGCAGGCAACUGUGAAUCGCCUCUAUGAAAUGAGGCGUGAUCCCGAGAACGCGCUGGGAGAUAAAAGUGUCAAAGAUUAUCUGCUCAUGUGCACAGUGCUCGAGGAAGUGGAAGAACUUGUGGAUACUAUCGACAAGAGAAAAGCCCACCUCGCCAAAGAACAACGGGCCGACGACUUGCCCCUCGAGGAGAAACCGGACGCUCUCCUCACCCUACAGGAAUCCAACAGUCUCCUCGUUUCCUACACGUCGCUAACGAAGCACAACCUCCCUGAUGAUCAUAACCCAGGCGAUUACAAAAAGCUGAAGGCCCUAGAUGCGUAUCUCAAGGAGACUGGCCUCGACACAGAGUUUGCCCGAUGGGUACCCAAAGUAUUCAAGCUUUUCCAGUCGACGGCAUACCUGAUUAACCUGUCAUACUCUAAACGGCUGAGCCGCAUCCUAACAGACCUAGUGAAGAUCAUGAAUUACGUUGUUUCCAACUCGCCCCUUCCUGACGACCUACUCAAUGACCCAACAGAUUUUAUCGAUCUUGUGUUGCUCCCCAGGCUCACUGACCUCAACAACAAACGUAGACGUCACUUCACAAUCCACGCGGAGAUUGCGCUUGUACUACAUCUCCAGCAACAUGGAUUGGCGUCAUCCACUUACCCGUUUUUGGGGCUGUCCAAACUAUCUUGUACGGCGUGCGUUGAGCUGAUGAGACUCAUCAACGGCAACUCUCAGUCUCCCAUCUGGCUAACAUCUGGCACUCACUGCAAGAUAUACCGGUCAUGGGUCUACCCUGAUUCCAUUUCCAACCCUGAGAUCAAACCCAUGCUAGCUCAUCGACUUCAGAAGUUGCUCUUCCGGGAAUUCGUUGAUUUUGCUCGCAGUCAAAAAAUAGCCAGGCGGUUAUCUGACAACAGCAUCGAGUCACAAGGCAUAACAAUCCAUGACGUACAUGGGGAGCACUCGGAGAACUUGGAGCACAUGGAGGCCCGGGUUAUGCAGCGUAUAGAACAGGAAACAAUGAAACGUCUUUCACAUUGA